AUGCACAAUGUCCCCUUCAGAACAGUCUAUGCAACAUACAACGUUACUAGAUACUCUCACCACGGAGAUAAAUACUUUUAUCGAUUCAGGGGAAAAUCACCUCAGUUCCUUGAUGGAUUGAAGUCAAUAGAGCUGGAAUUAGAAGAACAGUUAAAACUUGAAGAAACUCAAAUGCAAACCGAAGAUACCGAGAAGGAUAUCGUCCAAAAGGAACAUAAGACGAAGCUUCACAAGUUAGAGAAAUUGUCGGACAAAUGGUACCAUUCUUCUAUAUCAAAUUUAAAACUGUAUAAUUCAGCUACUAAUAGAAUCCUGAAGAAUGUGCUUAACAAUUCAAAAUUCAAUGUUGAAUUAGAUGAUGCAUAUACAUAUCCGUUGAACUUGGAUAGCUUCCCCGUGAAUGGCAAUAGGCCAAUUAUGCCUUCGACCACCCCUGGCGAUUCCGAUUUGAAAAUGAUUAAACUUGAAAACAGAGAAGAAUUAAUCAAGGCAAUUAUUUUGCAUCUUCUCAAGAUUGGUCAAUGUGAUAUAGUCAAGGAAGUUGCACGAGAACUUCCCGAAAAUUCACCUAUUUCAAUUGACGAAAACUUGUCGGAGAAGUUUGAAAAGUUGCAUCAAAUUGUGGAUAGUAUAAUCUCCAAUCACGACUUAACCUUGGCUCUUGCAUGGUUUAAAGACAAGUAUAAUGAACAGGUUGCAAAGAAUGGAAUGAGUACUACAUCUACCGAUGACAAUGCCAGCAAUAUUGAAUUCAAAUACCAUAUGCUUCAGUUCACAAUUCUUUUCAACGGAAAAGACUCAUCAUUUGGAUUAGAUGAUGCCUUGGCGGCAUAUUUGUAUUCCAAAGACAACUUUUCUAGAUUUUUUAAAGAUUACUUGCAUGAAAUUUCACCAUUGAUGACCCUACUUUUAUUUAAAACCAAGACUAAUGACGAUGACGAUGCAUUUUCUAGAAAGCAUAUGGUCAGUGUGGUGCGAGGUUUCAUUGAACGUAUAAAACAAGGAUUUGACAUGGAGAACGAUUCCCGAAAUUCAUUAAACCAAGGAGAAACCAAGUUUGUUUCGGAAUUGCUCAAUAGUUUUGAAAAUAUCCAUUCUAAUCAGUCAUUAUUUGUCAACAUUUCGAAUGAAUUUAUUUCCGAAUAUUGUAAGUUUUUAAAGCUUUCAAAUGAUUCGUCGCUUUUCCAAAGUAUCCUUGCCGGUCAUAUUUACUUGCCUAGUUUCUACAAGUACAACCAAAUUCAACUGAAAUUAACCAAGAUUAAGGCAGUGCCCGACUCAACGAAGAUGGAGGAAAGUAGCAGUUCAACUGCUACACACAAGGCCGAAAAUGAUGUAAUUAAUUAUACUGCCACAUAUCAUUUCGAACUUCCAUUCCAACUUCCUGAUUCCAAUAGAUUCUUGUUUAAUUAUCAUCCUAUAUUCAUAUGUCCAGUAUCAAGAGAGCAACUUAUACCUAUCACAGAAACCAUGGUUGAGGCAAUUAAGGAUGAAGAAGGUAGACGCAAGAGAAAACGAUAUUUGGUGGAAAACCCAUUAACUACGCAGGUUGUAGUAUUGGAGUUCUGUAAGCAUUUGGCAUUAAAGGAUAGUGUGUAUCAUUUGUCCAAGAAAGGUACUGAGAUAUUCAAGUGCCAUUAUUGCUACAAGAAACACAAAUAUACCGAUGUCACUCCUGCUUACUUCAUUGAUUUGUAG